ACCUCCUGAGCCUCCUCCUGUGUACGCAUCUUCCAUGGGGAGAUAUGAAGUAUGGGGAGAUCACUCACUUCAGUCACCCGCAGCACAAGCUGCGGUUCGAGUACGCGGAGGUGCCGUUCAAGUGCGACGGGUGCAAGGAGGUGGGCAUCGGCUCCCGCUUCAAGUGCAACCUCUGCGACUUCGACCUCCACCGGCAGUGCGCCCUACCGUCGGCGGCGCCGCUUCGCCACGCUUUCUACCCCAAGUGCGCCUUCCAGUUCCUGGCGCGGCCCCCGGGUGACGCGUUGCGUUUCUGCAACGCAUGCGAGCGCGACGUCGCCGGCUUCGUCCUCCACUGCGGCGCCUGCGGCUUCGACCUCCACCCCUGCUGCGCCGCCCUGCCCCACGUCCUCGACGCCGGCGCAGGCGGGGGCGACGCUGUACGGCUCUAUCUCUACCGGAAGGCGGGCGCGCCGUGCCACCGCUGCGGGCGCAAAGGGCGGAGCUGGAGCUACCGGAGCGCGUGCAAGAAGUACAACCUGCACGUGGCAUGCGUGAUGGAGAUGCUGGAGGAAAGCUGGCACGAGCUCUACAACGGCGGCGGCGGCGGCGGGGACGGAGGUGGGGCCGGGAAGAGGGGGUUGGUGGGCGGCGUCCACGGUGGCAUGGUGGGCGGGGGUUACGGUGUCAGCAAGAUUCCGAGCAUCAAAGGGUGGGAGAAGAACCACCACAGGGGGAAGGGGAAGGUGAAGCGGUGCUGCGAGGUGGCAGCGAUGGCCGUGCAGUUCAUCAUCUCGGCGGUGUUAGGUGAUCCGACGGCCAUCAUCGCCGGCAUCGUUGGCUCCUUCUUCUCCAGAUAAUGUGAUCAAGUGUAGGAUCGACACCUGUGCAUCAACAGCCGUGAAAAAACCGCUUUCUGAAACAGAACCGUCACCGUGGGAAUAAGUGUUGCUGCUUUUGCUUUUUAAGAUUCCCAAAAACAAAAUAACUUAUUUGCUAUUAUACUUUUUCCAAAA